ACUUUAACGAUGGCUCUUUAUAGAGAUGCACAGUUUUUACUGUCGGGCAAUAUUGCUUUAAAAAUUGCAAAUGACAUUGAAAAAAGGAAACGUAGACAACAUAAAAUACUUUAUAGAUCCAGGAAUCUGCGCGGUGAAUUUUUCAACCUUUAUUUUGAUGUACGAAAUAACGAAGAAGACUUUUACGAUUAUUUGUCUAUGUCAAGAGAAACAUUUGACUACAUCUGCAAUGGAAUACGUAGCGAUUGUAAUCAUAGAGUGACCAACUUUAAAAAACCCAUUAGUGUGGAAGAAAGAUUGGUAUUAACAAUAAGGUACUUAACAACAGGAACCCCUUUUCGGAAAUUAGGAGUGCCAUUUCGCAUUUCAAAAACCGCAAUAGCAAGUAUCGUGAUGGAGGUUUGCAGUGCAAUUUGGAAUAAUUUUAACGAAAUACAUAUGAAGUUUCCAAGUAUCGAAGAUUUUAAGGAAAUAGCAAAUUCAUUUUCAAAUAAAAAUAAAUUUCCACAUUGCUGUGGGAAUCUGGACGGAAAACACAUUCGUGUCGUAAAGCCACAACUCUCUGGAAGCAUGUAUUUCAACUACAAAAAUUAUUACUCAAUUGUUUUAUUAGCGGUCUCCGAUUCAGACAACACAUUUCGCAUCAUUGACGUAGGUGCAUACGGGAAAGAUAGUGAUGGAGGCGUUCUCAGCAAUUCAAAAUUUUUUCAAGAACUUAACAGUGGAAAUAUUCAAUUACCACCCGAGGAACGAUUACCGAAUAGUGAUAUUGUGGCACCAUAUGUAUUUUUAGGGGACGAGGCUUUUCCUUUGAAAACGUUCAUAAUGAGACCUUAUCCAAGAACACAAGCAACAGGAAAUGCAGAUAAAUCAAGAUUUAAUUUCAAAUUGUCUACUACAAGGGUCGGUAUAGAAUGCACCUUUGGAAUGGCUGCUAGUAAAUUUAGAAUUCUUUUAAAAAGCAUCGAAACAUCUGUGGACAAUUCAAUUAAAAUUGUAAAGGCAGUCUGUCUGUUGCACAAUAUUAUAAUACACAGAGAUAAGAGAGAACCAGAAUUAUCUGUAACAAAUAAUCAAUUAAAUAACAAUUUUGGAAGACAGACAGACAGAACAGGAUGUAAACGUACUUGGUUAAUUAAAUCUUCGAAUGUCAUCUUGUAUGUAACAGAAUAGCCAAACGCUUUACACGAAGAAUGAAAACACAAAAUGGCGUCCGGCCGCGAGCGAGCCGAGUACCUACUGUGUGUCACUGGUGUUGGCCCUUGCCCCUUUCGUCCCGCGCACCUCGCGCGUCGACGCAUCGCGUAUGUAACCAAUUAGGACACUCAAAAGAGAUCUGUUGCUUUGAUUACAUGGUCGCACGAUCAAACGCAUCGUACGAUCGUUAUUAAGCAUUUCAUGUACUCGCACGAUUACUUGCGAGGUUCAAAUAGGACACUCUGAUGAAAUCUGUAUGUUUGAACUCAUCGCACGACGAGAACGCAUCGUGUCAUCGUACGAUCGCUGUCAAUUAGGACGACGCCUGAUGCUACUUACAUAUCAUUUUACAUUAUUUAAAAUUCAUUUUUCCAUUCCGUUUCGAUUUUCUGCAUUGACCUCAAGACUGGAUAUUUUACCUUUACCUUUAUUUCCAUAGGAUCCUGUAACGAUUUUAAACCAUAAGAACACAAUAACAAAUCAUUUCUACUUCGUAUUUUCACAUUAUCAGCACUUUUAAAUUGGUGUCAAUGGAGUCUACCUUUUUCGAUCUUUUAUUUAGUUUUCCGUAACUCUGCAAUUUCGGACUUUGUGCGCGCAGUUGCGCUACCUUUUUUCCUAUAUCAAUAAUAUCUAAUUUUUCACUUAAAUCUUGCCGUUUUUCUAUUACGAGCCUAAAACCAAAAUUUGACAUGUUUUGACAUCGUUGUUUAUUUGGUUGUCAUGACAAUUAUAUUCAAAUUUGCUACCGGUCUGUUGUUUCUACUUCGAUAAUUCCACAUAAAUACUCUUUCCUCUUGGCCAUUUACAAAAAAUUUGCGUUUAAUUUAAAUAUUUUUUCCGUUCUCUCUAGAAAGGUAUAAAAGCCGAACAAUCGGUGAAGAAAUGCAGUCUCGCUUCAAUUCUCAAAUUCGAAGCAUCUCCUAAAGGCCUCAUCCCGGGGCCGCACUGCCCCGGGAUCCUGCAAGCCUCUGUCCUGCCUGAAGCCGCUGGAUCCUACAAGCCUCUGCUCUGCCUGAAGUCGCCGAAUCCGGCUAGCUUCUGCUCUGCCUGAAGUCGCCGAAUCCUGCAAGCCUCUGCUCUGCCUGAAGUCGCCGGAUCCUGCAAGCCUCUCUCCUGCCUGAAGUCGCCGGAUCCUGCAAACCUCUGUCCCGCCUGAAGUCGUCGGACCCUUCAGGCCUCUGUCCUGCCUGAAGUCGCUGAGGACCCUGCAACCCCCUGUCUUGCCUGAAGUCGCCGGAACUUGCAAACCUCCGCAUUCACCUGAGGUCGUCGCCUAGAGACGCCCACACCUUCACCUACGCUGUGCGUGCUCGUUCCAGGCGCUGAGAGCACUUACUGUACACCUUGGAUCUUCGGGCUCAACUUCAACACUAAUCUUUUUUUUUAUUAUCUUUUUUUUUAAAUAAUUUGUAAAUCACGACAUCCAUCUUCAUCUUCAUACUCCAUUUUGUUAUAUAAAAUUGUAAAUAUCUUUUAAAUCCUAUAUAUAUUAUUUGUUUUUGUUCUAUUUUUGUUGUCUUGUUGCUCUUAGGUUAGAUUCUUUUGUAUUUAAUUGUCGCUUCACGACAACCUGUAUACAAGAAUGGGAGUAGAGAUGAUAUAAAUAAUUAUAGGCCAAUUUCCAUCUUACCAGCUUUUUCUAAAAUCUUAGAAAAAUUAAUUAAUAGAAUAGAAUAGAAUAGAAUAGAAUGAUUUUUAUUCAAUAUGGAUUAUUACAUAAUACUUAUUGAAAGUCAUUAUUUUAUUUACCACUGGUUCGGAAAAUACCUCUGUCCUGGGAAGAACCAGCAAGAAACCCAGCGGGACUUUUUUUUUUAAACAUAAUUUCACUUAACAAUAAUUUUGAUUAUACAAUUUUAAAUGAAUUUUCAUAGAACCAGCAUGGUGGCGAUCACCUUAUUCCCAGGGGUUAUUUUCACUCAUGUAUUCCUUGAUAUUAUAAUAACCCUUUUUGUACAGUUUUUCUUUAAUAAAACUUUUAAACUUGUUUAUUGACAAACUUUGAACAUGUUCUGGGAUUCUGUUGUAAAAGCGUAUACAUUGCCCCAUAAAUGAAUUACUAAUUCUGUGGAGUCUUGUAAGUGGCAUUACAAGCUUAUGUUUGUUCCUAGUGUUUAAGGUAUGAACAUCCUUAUUCUUAUUAAAGCUAUUUAUGUUUUUAUGUACAUACAUUACAUUUUCAUAAAUAUAUUGCGAUGCCAAAGU